UAUGAAACGUGGAAAAAAGAUCUUCUUAACAACCUGGCUAUAUUUGAUUCUCUAUCGAAAUUUGUUUUUCCCUUAUUUUGUAACUUUUCGCAUGGAGAAAGGAUAAUUUAUAUGCUGCAAUUUGUCGAUAGAGACCAUCAUAUUUUUUGCCCCUUUUCUCCAUCUCGCUUUACAUAUUUUGUAAAGCCAUCUCAAUUGUGUUGCCUUUUCACUAUAACUUAUUGAUUGUAGCUGUACUCCCACAGACUUUAAAAACUAGAUAACUUUGAUGCAUCCAUAACAAUGGGGUAAUGAGCUGCAGCUGUUUGGCUUUUAUGGUUUCGGACUAGAUUCGUACUAACUUUCAGGAAUAUCAGUAUACUUUCCAGUGUUUGUCUUCCGCAUUUGUGCUUGAUAGACUUGUUCCUAUAUAGAAUGACAAGUGCUUUUGUUAUCCCUUUCUUACCAUGUGUACUGGUUUGACCAAUAACAAAUGAGGAAGGAAACCUAGCAACUCGAUGUAACCUUAAUGUGGAGUACAAAGAACCUAGCAGAAUGUUGGAUUUGGACAAGGAAGAUAGGAACAGGGAGGAAGAGAACAACAGUGAAGGGAAAGAAGGGGAAGAUGUUGUAGGCGAAGGAAAUGCUGAAGAGUUGGAUGCAAAUGAUGUCAUGGAUGUUGAUGGCAACACAGGUCAGUUAAAAGAUAGUGAAGUUCUUGAACCUUAUGUAGGUAUGGAAUUUGAAUCAGAAGAUGCUGCCAGGAAAUUUUACAUUGACUAUGCCAGGAAGGUGGGGUUUGUCGUGCGUAUUAUGCAGCGCCGUCGCUCAGAAACUGAUGGUAGAACUCUUGCUCGUCGUCUUGGAUGUAAUAAGCAGGGGUUUUCUCCUAAUAACCAAGGUUCAGUCGCAUCAGGUAAAAGGCCUAGGUGUAGUGCACGUGAAGGUUGCAAGGCUACUAUUCUGGUUAAGAUGGAGAAGUCAGGAAAAUGGGUUGUGACAAGAUUUGUGAAGGAUCAUAACCAUCCACUCAUCAUCAGUGCUCGCGGAGUUAGUAAUGGAGUGAGAUUUCUUCCAAAUGUUGACAAGGAUAAGAAGAUUGAGCAGCUUACUCUGGAGUUGCAGCGUCAAGACCAGCUCUGUACAGCAUACAGAAACAAGUUACUCAACUUUUUGGCCAGUGUUGAGGAGCAAGGUGAGCACCUGUCUUCAAAAAUUAAUGGUGUUAUCGAAAAUGUGAAGAAGAUUGAAGCUGAGAUACAGAAAUCAUCAUGCCAUUGAUAGUUUCAGUAUUGUUUCGAUGUCUUUUGAUUCUGUUCCUAUGCUAUCUGAUCAGCUUAAAAGAUGAUACUAGCUUUGUACAGGAUUUCCUGUGGUGAGGCCAACAAACACAAGUUGCCUGUUAUCUUUUUCUUCCUUUUGUAGAUCUACUUUGGUAAAUUCCGUCAUGUCCUAGAUAUGAUUUGCACUUGUUCUUAUUGAAUGCUAGUAGUGCAUGCAACCUGUCUUUCUCUAAGCUUCUCUUUUGAUCCGAGAAAAAAAGAGUGAAGGAUUGUGAAUGUGGAUGCUAGUAGCAAAGUUAUAACAGCACUUGGAAUCGCCUGUUCUCUGCCUGCGCAGCUGGGAUGCAGUAUUCCUGUCGGACAAGAUGAUUGUUGUCCAUGCUCUUAAAUCUGCAUUUAAUGCAAAUAUUGGUUCC